GUUUUACGUCUAUUGGGCGCGCGGCGUGUGGCGCUUUACAAAGCGCGGGGUGUUUCCGAGCCAUGGAGCGGCCCCCGACGCCUGGGCUCCAGGCGCUCGAGGUGUAUGCGGAGUGGUGUAGAUGGCUGGAGCUGGAGGAGAUUCCACAGCAGUUGGUGCUGCAGAGGCUACGCAAGGGCGGCGAGCACUUCAGGAGCCUUCUGCAGUUCAUGGCUCGCACUGGGGCGCCCCAUGCCACCAGCGGCGGGGAGUUGUGUGCAGCGCGGAGGUCGCAGCGGGCAAUGCAGAUCACCUGCAUGGUGCUGACUACGAACUGCUUGGACCGUGCCCAGCAGAGCCUCACCUUGGCGGCCGCCUGCCUAGAGCUCCUGUGGGGCCUCUCCAAGGGCUUCAGCCUCCACAUCUGCACCGUGCUCCAGCACCUCCUAGUUGCACACGAGCCCGAAGUGCUGACCCUGCUGCUCCACUACCAAGCACCCUUUGUGCUACUGAGGGCAUUGAACCGCCCUGGCUGCUCGCAGCUGCUUCAGCUUUUGUUGGGCGCGGAUGCCACACUGCCCAAGGUGGUGCGGCAUGUGGCCAUGAGGCCCUUGCGCCUGCAUUCCCUGCAUCAGGUUGCCCAAUAUCUACUUGCCUCUCAGUGGGCAAAAUAUUUGGAGACCGUGCUCGCUCAUGGUGCGCGCAUUGCAUGUGGGUGCGGAGACUCUCCGAGGACCACAACAUCAACUCCGCCCGGUACUCCGGAGGUGCACCUGAAGAGUCCAGGCGGAUGGUCGACUGGAAAGGCCAAAGUAACGCCUUGCUCGACGCCUCCCCGCCCACAGGUUCGGCUUGAUGAGGCAUCUCAACCUCAACUGCGAACACCUGAGGCAUCUCAACUACGGACACCAGAGGCAGCAUCGCGAAGUCCAAGCCUGGGUGAGAGGUCACCUGACCCGGCGGAGCGUGCAGGCGUGGACGUCAUCUUGGACUUCCUGUCUGGUGUGCUGCACUCCUUCAGGUUCUCGACCGAGGCAGAGAAGUCGCGGGGCCAAGGAUGGGAGCUCGCGGAGCGCGGCCAGAUCCAGCACCAGCUGAUCUGCGACUUUUUCAUCAAGACAUCCCUGGUCUCCAGCCUUUGCUUGCUGCUUAGCCGCGCCUUCCAGGCCGCCUCUGUGCUCAAGGGCUUGCUGGAACAGGCGUUGCGGAACCGCAGCUGCCCUGACAUGGCAGAGGCUCUCGUCGGGCUUUGCGUGCAGCAGCUGGAUGUCAUUAGCUCGGCCCUAGGCCUAGCCAGUGAGACCACAAGGAGGUCCAAGGUUCCAAAGCCAGCAGGCAGUCUCAAGCGAGAUGUGCUGCGGCUGAAUGGGUACGUGGUGCAGCAGCCGCUCGGGGCACUCCGAGUAGAGGUGGUUCAGAUCCUCGCGGUUCUUUCUCUCUUGGCACCUGAUCGCGUUCUGCCACUGGUGAAGCCAGCGGUAUGGAGCGCACUCGUCAAGUGGUUCUUCAUGUACAGAUGCAAUCACAUUUUUCAGGCCACCUGUGGCAAGCUUUGGGUCCAAGUGCUUCGCUCCGGGAGCCCCCAGCUGCAGGACCAGAUCUUUGUGCAGCUGAAACUCUUGCAAGGACUUUGCCACGCCAUCCUGGAGGACCAGCGUUCGGUCUGCCUGACUGCAACCCGGAGAAGCCCAAGGCUCGGCACCCAGGAGGUGUCGGCACCAUCGUUCAGGUCCUCCAGGUGUUGGCAGAAUGCACGCAGGAGCGCGCACCACUUGCAGAGAGGCCUCCGAAGGGCCGCCCUCCGCUGGGGGAGAAGAUGCUGCAGGAGGCACCAGAGGUUCUUGACAAAGAGAAGGCGGCUGAGGAGAACUUCCUGAAGAAGCUGGUCUCCUCCAGCAGUCUCUGGCCGCAGGUGCUGGCGGCUCUGCCGCCGCCGCCCGCGCGCGUCACUGUGACCCGGGCAUACAACAGCUCAUCGAACUUCGACAUUUGAGGAUGGCUUUGGAGUGCUACAUCCUUGCGGAUUCUCUGAGAUGAUUGUGACAUGCUCUCUUGCCAGUUGCAGCACUUGGGUUCAUCGCUGGCGUGUGUCUGCAGAGCUGUGCCAGUUCAAAGUCAUGAGCUUGUUGCUGGCACAGCUAGGGCAUGCCGGACGCAUCAACUCCCGAUGCGCUAUUGCAUGACAUUCGCAGGGAAGGGUCCUGCGACGCAGCCGGGAACGUUGCACCGUUUCAUAAGGAUAAACGCGACACGGUAUUUGUGCACUUGCGUUAUUGCCAUCGGCCGGUGGAACCCACAUUUCUGCUUGUUGCUCAGCUUACUGACCGUCA